GAAUCACAUGGAUUCGCGAUGGAGAUUGGAUAUGAAUGCCCUGAGGUCCCGGAGGGCCCAGGAGCGAGCAGCGCUCUUCAGACAAUAUGAGCAGGGAUGCCGAGGAGCGGCACUGUUGGUGCCCGAAGAAGAGGACGAUGAGGGCGGCUGCCUCGUCCCAGACAGGCUUGGGUUCCUGCAUGAGCAGAAGUUGCCCCAAGACAGCACCCCGGGGGCAAAGCGUAAACAGGAGGUGGGAAGGAUCCAGAAGUGGAUAAAGAUGAUAAAGAACCAUAUUAAAUACCGCGGCAGCGACAAGGUACCGUGGCGAUGAGGGCCCCUCGGGAACACUGAGAGCUGAAUUGGGGUUUGAGCAGUGCCCAUUCCUGUGCCAGGCACCGCCUGCCUCUCAGAUGCCCAGGGGCAACUGUCCAGUCCCUAGAGACACAGGUCAUGGGCACACCUU